CUUACCGCGGCCCUCGCCUUCUCUCCCCGCGGCAGGGCCUUCUCCUUCGGCCACCCCUCCGUCGACUCCGUCGUGGAACGCUUCCUGGCGGGGGAGGCUGCGGGGGCUGGCGCGAGGGAGGAGGGCGCUGCCGACCACCGCUUGCUGGCCGGGGAGGGCGCUGCCGGCGAAGACGAGAAGCUCGAGAAGCUGCAGCAGGAGUUCGACGAGAUGCGCACGGAGCUGGUCGAGUUGAAGAAGCGGACCAAGCGCACGGACAAGGCCAUGGUGAAAGAGCGCUCUGCGGGGGACCAGAUAGCGGCUUGGUUUGACCCCAAGGUGCGCGACAUGGGAGACGAGGACAUGGCGGCCUUCUUCGCCGCGCUGAUGCAGAUGAAGGACGCCGAGCAGGGGUUCGAGGCCGGGAUGGAUAUGCAGCAGAUGGUGAUGCCGCCGCCCCCUCCGUCUCACGUGGUCGCCGCCGGGAUGGAUGUGCAGGAGAUGCCUCCGUCGCCGGGGUUGGCCGCCGGGAUGGAUCUGGAGCAGAUGCAGAUGACGAUGCCUAAGCCGCCGGGGUUCGACGCAGGGCUAGACAAGGAGAUAGAUCAAUGGCUUGAUGUGAUGCUGCCGCGUCCGGAGUUCACUGCCGGGAUGGAGACGGUGCAGCAGGGGCUCCAUCAACUGAACGCCGUUUCCAGCAGCAGGAGCCAGGAGAUGCGAGUGACUCAGGUUCCCUCCCUCCCUUGA